AUGUACGUUGUUGGGCAAUAUCCGCGGUUCCUUAGAGCUCAUUGGAAGUUCUUGAAAACGGUCAUCAACAAGCUGUUCGAGUUCAUGCAUGAAACUCAUGAAGGUGUUCAAGAUAUGGCUUGUGAUACGUUCAUAAAGAUUGCGAUGAAAUGUAAACGGCAUUUUGUUAUUAUGCAAGUUGGUGAGCAAACUCCAUUCAUCGAUGAAAUGUUGAAAAAUCUUAGUGGAAUCAUCUGCGACCUCGCGCCAUCUCAGGUUCACGUCUUUUAUGAAGCUGUAGGUCACAUCAUUUCGUCGGCUAGCGAUGAGCCUGAUCAGCAGGCUGACCUUAUCGAAAAACUCAUGGCUCUGCCAAACUCUGUUUGGGAUGAGAUUAUUGCUAACGCAGGUGAAAAUAUGGCUGUUUUGGAAGAGCCGGAGGUGACGCGCAACUUGUUGAACAUACUGAAGACCAAUGUUGCAUGUUGCAAAGCAGCAGGAAAUCCAUUCAUAACCCAACUGAGUCGUUUGUACAUUGACCUACUUUCGUUGUACCGUAUACUAUCAGAAAAAGUCUCGGUAGCAGUUGAACAAAAUGGACAGGAA